AUGACAUCUUUGAGUAGUGUAAAUACCCCAGAACCAACGAUUGCUACCAAAUCUUCCAUCCCAAGUUCUUCAGAUAUGGAAUAUUACUACAGAUCCAUGUAUCCAUUCAAAGAGAUAUUCGAAUGGUUAAAUCAUUCGGAGGUGCCUUCUAAGGAUAUGACUAAUAGAGAAUUGGCUAUGGCAUUCAGAUCAGGGGCUUAUAAGAGAUACAAUUCUUUCAGUUCAAUUGCUGAGUUCAAGUCGACUAUAGAAAAAAGUAAUCCAGAUCGUUUUGAAAUUGGUGCCAUCUAUAAUAAGCCACCAAAGGAACGUGAUUCUAUCCUAAAGAGUGAAUUAAAACCGUUAGAAAAGGAAUUGAUUUUCGAUAUCGAUAUGGAUGAUUACGAUCUUUUUAGAACAUGUUGUUCAGGUGCUAUGGUUUGUGAUAAAUGUUGGAAAUUCAUUUCGUUAGCGAUUCAAGUGAUCAAUAUUUGUUUAGAAGAAGAUUUCGGUUUUAAAGAUUAUAUUUGGGUAUUUUCCGGUAGACGUGGUGCCCAUUGUUGGAUAAGUGAUAAACGUGCCCGUAUAUUGAAUGAUUUACAAAGAAGAAACAUUCUUGAUUACGUUAAUGUUGUUAGAGAUAGGAAAUAUGAUAAAAGAUUGGCAUUAAGAAGACCUUACCAUCCACAUUUGGUACGUUCAGUUGAACUAUUAAAGUCGCAUUUUGUUGAAAUUAUACUGGAAGAACAAGAUCCUUGGCAGGAUGAUAAGAAUGCUUUCGAAACUUUAUUAACUGGUCUACAUGAUAAGGUAUUGAUUGACGCUCUAAGAAAAUAUUGGACGGAAAAUCCAGGUAGAUCAAGUAAACAAAAAUGGAAUGAUAUUGAUGCCAUAGCGACAAAUGACGUGAAAAUCAACAACAAUAAGCAAAGAAAUGACUUCAUGACAAGAUUACGUGAAUGUAAAGAAGACGUGGUAUUAGCCACAUUAUACCCUAAAUUAGAUGUGGAAGUUACAAAACAAACCAUCCAUCUUUUAAAGGCACCAUUUUGUAUUCAUCCCGCCACUGGGAAUGUCUGUGUUCCAAUCUUCAAAGAUUUUACUCCUAUGGCAGCUCCAAAAUUAAUUGAUUUGCAAAAUGAAAUGGAAAAGAAUCUUAGUAAAGUGGAAUCGACCUCUCUCCAACCAUAUAUCCAAUACUUUCACGCCUUUGUGGAACAAGUGAUAAGUCAUAAUUCAAGCGGAGUGAAGAGAGAAUUCGAAGAAGUGGACUAA